UUGGGGUAUAUCACCCACGGAAGCCAAACCAAAUAAGAGUGGUAUUCGAUUCAAGUGCCAAACAUAACGGCGUAUCUCUGAACGACGUCUUUGGAUAGUGGGAGCAAAAAGACAGGUUGCUCAUAUUAUUCACCAUUGCAUUAACUGUCGCAAGGCGAGAGGAAAAUUACAACAUCAACAAAUGUCUGAUUUGCCAGUUGAUAGGACAAGCACCGAACCACCGUUCACUUAUGUUGGUCUGGACGUCUUUGGGCCAUGGACAGUCACUGCACGUAAGACCAGAGGUGGUCAUGCAGAAAACAAACGAUGGGCAGUGUUGUUUACAUGCUUAAGUGUACGUGCUAUACACAUUGAAGCAAUAGAAUCCAUGGACGCUUCUAGCUUCAUCAAUGCUUUAAGACGAUUCCUCGCCAUCAGAGGACCAGUAAAGCAAAUAAGAUCUGACUGUGGAACCAACUUCAUAGGAGCCUGUCGAGAGUUGCAAAUUGACUCUAAACCAGUUCAAGACUACUUAGCCAGAAAUGGUUGUACAUGGAUCUUUAACCCCCCGCAUGCCUCUCAUAUGGGCGGUUCAUGGGAAAGAAUGAUAGGCAUCACCCGCAAAAUAUUGGACUGUAUGCUGAUGGACUCAAACUUCUCAAGGCUCACCCAUGAGACUUUGACUACCUUCCUGGCUGAGGUAUCCGCUAUUGUCAACUCAAGACCUCUUGUACCUGUAUCUAUGGAUCCAGAAUCCCCUGCCAUUCUCACUCCAGCAACUCUUCUCACUCAGAAGUUUGGAUCUGUUCCUAAUCCACCUGAAGAGUCUUCUUCUAGUAACAUAUAUCUGAAACAGUGGAAGCACGUUCAACAUCUGGCCAACUGUUUCUGGAGCAGGUGGAAAAAAGAGUACUUAACGCUUCUGCAAGCACGUAGAAAGUGGCAACAGGUCAAGCCAAACUUACAGAUAGGAGAUCUUGUACUCAUGAAAGACCAGAACGUGGAAAGAAACUCUUGGCCCAUGGGACUCAUCUCAAAAGUCUUCAUCAGUGAAGAUGGCAAAGUUCGCAAGGUGGAAGUGACCAUCGCAAAACAAGGCCAUCCCAAAUCCUUUAUCAGGCCUGCAUCUGAGAUUGUUCUCCUCUUACCCGUAGAGGAAUGAUUCUUUACUUGAGGAACUUUAUUCCUGGCAACCAGAAGACUCAAGGCGUUGGACUGUUCCAGUUCACC